UUUUCUUAUUGUGUAGAAAAUAUUUAAAAUUAAGUCUUAUAAAUAGUGCAAAAAUAAAGUACAAAGUAUAAACAAAAAACGAAGGAAAUAAUGGGUUGUGCUAGUAGUACGCCAAUGAUACAAACAACCGGAAGUGAAAUGUUAAAAGCAGCCACACAUGUUGCCACAGAUGCAACAAAAACGGCUGAAGAUGCAGUAGAAGGCAUCAAAGAAACUGUGGGCAAAACUAUAGAAACCGCAAAAGAUUCGGUGGCUACAACGGUCGAAAGUGUUAAACAUGAAGUAGAGAAUGUGGUCAAAGAUAAAACAGAAAUGUUGGAGGAUGCUAAAAAUACACUAAUGGAAAAAUUGCAUUUAAAACAAACAGACAGCGAAGAUGAAAACAAAAACGAACAAGAAGCGGAAAUCGGUGAAACGAUGAAAACUCAAUUAAAUGAAAGCAAUGACAGUGAAAAUGAUGAUACACUAGCUACCACUAGUACAACAGCAAUGGCAGCAAAAGAUAUAAAAGAACAUAUUUUAACACGAACUGAUACUGAAACGGAUAGUUUAAAAACUUCUACACCGGAACCGGAAAUCGAACAGGCAUUAGCUAAAAGCCAUGUUAAUUCCGAAGGGGACGAUGAUGAUAAUCCACCUACACCCAAGCCUACAUUAUCCGAGUUGGAAAAUUUAACAGCAGAAGUUUUAAAACAGAAGCCACUUAACGAUACAGCUAUAAUGGUCAAUGACCUUAACAGGACGACUAAUGAGCAUAUAAUGUCAGACAUGCAUGAAAACAUUAAAACUCUAGAUAAUGACAGCAAUAACAUGACAAAGGACAAGGAGCCAAUGACCACAUCACUGGCAGCAGCAGCAGCAACAUCAGCUGUAGGGUCAACUAACAACGAUAAUAAGUCAAAUAACAUGCAGAUUAUAAUUAGCAAAACAGCUACUCAAGUUUCAACAGCAGCAAAACCUAUACAAACGCGUUCACACUCUCAGCAACCACCACCUCCCCUGCUGCCCUUGACUUUGGCUACUACAGCUAUAGCAACUGCUACUGCUGCGGCUACUGCUCAGCCUAAGGCCGUGAAAGAAAACAAUAAAAUGACAUCAGUAAGUAAACCCAUGGCCUCGCUAACAAAUGUAACUGCCCCUAAUCCCCCACAACAGCUACAACAACAACAAACUUCUAAGGGAAUUGUUAAGAAAAUCAAAGUUCUUAAGAGAGAAGACAAAGUUCUGGUGAAAAGAAACUCAGAAUGUGAAGAAAAACGUCCUGGUACUACGGAAUGGGAAAGAUUUGCCGAUUUGUUGGCCCAAGUUCGAAAAUUCAAUCCUCAAGAUGCUCUCAGACGUGGCGGGACCUUUUCGAAAUUUAGCACCGGUAAUGGUAGACCCUCUUAUUUUGGUCAUCGUAGUGGCUUAGAUGAUGAUAGCAGUGAUACCACCUCAAAUUUUCGAGGCAGUCCUAUAAAUUCACAACGUUCUAGCGCUAGGGCAGGUGGUAGAGUGCAACGUUUACCCAAUCGCCCUAAUACCGGUAAUCAUCGUAAAAAUCAUCAUGAGUUUUCCACAAACAAUGCUGGCGGUAGAUUUGCUAAUAAAACACGACGCAAUAGCAAUGUCAGCUCAUCGUCUGGAAGAAAAUUCGAUUUUAAUCCCACACGUUCUCGAUUAAAUGAACUCGUUAAAACCGUAAGUUCUACACCUCUUACAGCUAAUUCUCUUUUACAGACCACCACACAAAAACAAUCUGCACCAUCGUACCAUCAAAUAUAUGAGAGUGUUAAAUCUCCAGCAAACAUGAGAUCACAUCACUCUCGUAACGAUACGAGAAUUUUGCCUCCCUUGGAUUCAAUAGAGCAUAAUCACAACAAUCACUAUUACAAACAACAACAGCAACAACAAGAAAAACACUUUAGAUCUGAUUAUGCUCUGCCCACCUCGGCGUAUGAUCAACAUCACCAACACCACCGCAACAAUUACACUGGCAGUAGUAUGCCUUUGCAUAGUGAUGCCUAUAGUAAUGAUCCUAACUCUCUACUAACACGUCAAUCUUCCAACACUUCUCUCUUCAGUAAUAGCUCUUAUGUGGAUCAUUUACAUUCAUCAUACAAAUCCACCUCUCAACUGGAUGUGAUGCCACUAAACCCACCUGUUAAGAAUACCUCAUCGUUCCUAUCCACACCGCGCACUUCACCGUUUAGUAUAAGAAAAUCUUAUACGGAUCUUUAUUUUACAACUUCUAGUAAUAAGGAGAAUACUAAACCGUGUUCUAUGUCAUCAGAGCUGUGUUCAAGGGAUAAAAGUCCCUAUAAAGUGCGUAAACGCUGUGAUGUUUGUUGUAAAAAGUAUUCGAUAAAAUAAAGAAUUUGUUAAAUGUUUUUCAUUUAAA